UGUUCCAAUAUUUUUUUAUGUAUCUAAGACACAGAGGUCACUCUCCGUGAUGAAAGCAGUAACUCUUGUUGUUAGCAUGCAUCCUAGCCGCCCGCUCCCAGCCCCAUGAUGCCGCCAAUCAGAGGCUGCGUUCUUGACUUGUCGGCCAAUCAGAGGCCGUGUUUCUGACUGGGUGUAUGUGUGGCAGCUCUGAUCUCAAAAGCAAUGAGGUAACAUUGAAAUAAUAAAAUAUUGAUUCUCAUUUGUGCCGUUGAACGGCGUUUUAAGGCGUUUCCAUGGAUACAUGGUCUGGUCACAUGUGUUUGACUUCUUGAUACGGAAAUGUACCGGAAGUGAUGUCAGGCUCCUGCAGCCAAUAGGCAGUUGGCCGCCAAAAAACGCAAAGAAGAAGAAGAAAUAGAAUUUGUUUACUUACUUUGGAGAGUGCAGAGAAGACGGACAGAGAGAUAAAGGUUGUUUCUCCACUCAGAGGAUUAUUAUUAGUAUCUCUGUGUUUGUAAAAUGCCGUCACAGCGGCGCUGCACCGGGAACGAGCCCGCUGAAGUUAUUGUUGACAGCGAGGACGAUGGAGAGUCUGGAGCUGAGAGUUUCCUCACGGACGAUGAGCUGUCUUACCGAGAGGGACGAGAUCCCGCUGAAGAUGAUGAUUUUCAACAGGACGAAGAGCCGGUUGCUUCUCCUAACCAGACCAGAUCUUUAAGAGGCCGGGGCAGAAAAAGAUCCAGGUCUCCACUUCAGGCCCAGCCGCAGCCUGCAGCCUCAGCCACAUCCUGGAGAACAGAGAGAGAUCCAGACGUGUGCCCGGAUCCCAAACGGUUCAUCCCAGCGAGGCCGCCCGGACAUCAGCUGAACUCGAGCAGCAUGUACAGACCGCUGGACCUUUUCAAACUGUUCUUCAGCAACGACGCAGCUCAGACCGUUUGUCAAAACACCAACAAACAAGCUGCUAGAAACAUCACGAAGGGCAAGAAGUAUUCAUGGACUGACAUCAACAUCCAGGAGUUUUUCAGGUACGUGGGACUGACUUUCUUCUUUGCACUGGUAAAACUGAACAACACGCGGGAUUACUGGAAGAAGAACAGCAUUUUCAGCGUGCCUUUCCCAGCCAAUGUCAUGGCACGGGACAGGUACCGGGCGAUAUCUUGGAACAUCCACAUGAGCGAUCCAGAGAAAGAUGUCGAGAAUGACAGAAAGAAGGGGACGCCAGAUCACGACCAGCUGUUUCGGCUGAAGCCCCUCAUGGACACCGUCAGAGAUGCCUGCAAAGCGUUUUACCACCCCAGGCAGGUCCUUUCAGUCGACGAGAGGAUGGCCCACGCUGGAACGGCACAGCACACGAAAGGGAAGCAGACCAAGUGCAGUUUCAAACUCUUUGUUUUGUCUGACAGCAGCAAUGGCUACACCUGGGACUUUGCUGUGUACACUGGAAAGCCACAGUUUCCCUCAGGCGUUGGACUUGCAUAUGACUCUGUCAUGUCCCUGAUAAAGUCAGGAUACCUGGGCAGUGGCUUUCAUCUGUUUGUGGAUGAUUUCUACACCAGUCCAAAACUCUUUAAGGAUCUUUUUAGCCUGAAUAUCGGAGCGUGUGGCACAUACAGAGACAACAGAAGAGGAUGCCCCUGCUCACACUCAAAUGCUCUAAAGAAAAAGGAUCCCAGAGGCUCCAUCAGGUGGAUCCGUGACGACCCACUGGUUUUUGUGAAGUGGCUGGACACGCAUGAGGUGGCAGUCUGCUCUACGAUCCACCAGGCGUUCUCUGGGAACACUGUGCAGAGGAGAGUCAAGAAUCAGGAUGGCAGCUGGUCCACCAAAUCCAUCCCAUGCCCGACGCCUGUCAUGGAAUAUAACAAGCACAUGGGAGCCGUUGAUCUGUCCGACCAGCUGAUCCAGUACAACUCUCAGCACCACAAGAGUGUGCGCUGGUACCGGAUAUUGUUCUACCACUUCCUGGACAUUGCAGCCACAAACAGCUUCCUCCUUCACAAAGAGCUCUGCAGAGAGAAGCAGGAGGUGCCCAUGACCUACCGGGCCUUCCUGGAGGAGCUGACAGCCCAGCUCUGUGGGGUCACAGUUACGGACCUUCCUGCCAAGGUACAGGGCAGCCACUUACCUGUGGCAAUCUCUAACCAAACUGAUCCCAGCAGGAGGGCCUCGUACGGACGCAAGACCUGUGUCUACUGUAGGCAGACGAGGCAGGUCAAUCUGUCCACCCCCUGGAAGUGUAAAAGCUGUGACGUUGCCCUCUGUCUCAUCGCAGACAGGAACUGCUUUGAGGCCUGGCACAGCUGAUGUUUGAACAGAUGUAAAAAAAGGAAAACAUGUAGAUAUUAUUUUUUGGGUCAAGACCUGGAAGAACAAUGUCAGAAGCCAAAAACCUCAGUUAUUAUUGUUCUGUUAUUUUUUUCUUUUUUGUCUUACUGUUACUUACUGUUUCAGU